AUGGAGGCCAUCACCUUUCUCCCGAUCAACCAGCCGGGCUCGCCAGCCAGCCAGCGCGCCAGACGCGGCUACCAAUCCUGCGACAACUGCCGGGAGAAGAAGAAGCGAUGCGUGACGGCCCACGGCGAAGCGACGUGCCGGAGAUGCCAGGACGAGUCCAGAGCCUGUCUGACAACGCAUCGACGAAAGAAGAGGAAGAUCCGACCGUCACUCGGCGCGGAGUCUCUGCUCGAGGCGCCCAGGGUGCCGGGACCAGCACCAGCUCCAUUGCCGGACCAUGAUGCUAGCACCAAGCAACGGAUCCUGUCGACGCACCUGCUUGAUGCGAGCGAUGCGUUGGAUUUGAUUGCGGUUGCAGGCUCAAAAGAGGAUGUCGAUGGGGACGUGCAGUCUUGUUCUUCGCAUCAGGACUUGUCCAGUGAAUGGAGGCAGUUUUUCCUGGUGAAGAGAGGGAUCCUCCGCGCGGAGGAAGCCGUCGAGUUCCUUGGGUUUUAUUUUUCCACGCUGUGGCACCUGUUUCCAGUGGUGCCGGAGUACUACGGAGCCCCUGAAAAUUAUACCUCUCUGGCUACGGCAGAGCCAGUGCUGACCAUUGCACUUAUCGCACUCUCAUCCCGGUACCAUAUUCUCAGCGGAUACAAUGGGAUAGCCCGGUCGGAACGGGUCCACUGGCGCACCUGGCCGUGGGUGCAGAAGCUCUUCCAGUCCUCGAUCUGGGGAUCGUCUGCAAUGCGAAGUCACGGCGCCAUCGCCGCGCUGCUGCUGUUCAUUGAGUGGCAUCCCAGAGCAAUCAAUUCUUCCGAGGACUUUAUCGGCGAUUGCGGCGAGCUGGAGCUCUUUGAGCCGCAUUGUCAGCCGGAUGGAGACUCGCAUGCUCGACCGAGUAUACCGGAGCGCCUCAAUCUGGUAGCGACGGCGUAUAGGAGUAACAAGAUGUCAUGGAUGCUGCUUUCGAGUGCCAUUGCCUUGGCACGCGAGCUCGGGGUCUUUGAAGGACAGACAGUCGAGGGCUCUGCUCUGAGUCAGGAAUGGACUCGGAUCUUGCGGACCUUCAUACGGCUCGCCGACGAGAGUCUGGCCCUCCGACUGCGCCUCGAGCCACAGCUGGCAGGAGGCCACGGCGUAGCGGACCACAUCCCGACGAGCAUGGUCGGCGAUGCGCACUGGGAAAGCGGCGUGGAACUCGGUAUCCACAUGUGCAAGGCCAGAGAGCUUCUCCGAAGCUGGAGGAAGAGCGAGGCCGGGUCUGGAGCUGGAGCUGGGGUCCCUCUCGGGGCAUGGGAAGGAUUCCGACGAGGCCUUGACCGCUGGAAGCGGCAACGAGAGUUCAGCAACGGGGGUGCAGAUCGGGAUUUGCCAUUGCGUGCGGCCUGCUUGGAAGUCGAGUACUACUACAUCCGACUCUGCGGCCUGAGUCCCGCGGCGCAUAUCUUUGAGCGGCUCCCUGAUAUGGAGACUGAAGGUGCAGGCGCACUCCAGCUGGCUCAGCUCGCAAGCGAUGCGACCACCGCGUCCAUCGACAUGCUGCACUGCGUGCUCCACCGUCUGUCCCCCACGCAAGGCUUCAAAUACGCCGGUGUCAAGAUCUGGCUUUACACCGUCUGCGCCGCAUUAUAUCUCCUCAAGAUUACUCUCCAAACCGAGGAGCAGCUCGACCGGUCGAGUCCACGGAUCCGCCUCAUCCGGGGCGUUGUCGACGCGCUCAAGCAGAAUGCCCCGGAUGAUGUGCACAUGGCGCAGCGCUAUGCCGCUCUCCUGGAGAUUCUCAUCAACGCUGCUCUCAGGUCGUGCGCGGGGGACCCCGUGAGGCAACGAGAGAGCAGUCCAUUGUACACUGCAAUGGGCCCGGAAGUUGGAAUUGAUACGGCAGCAGACUGGAUCUAUGGCUCGGAGUUCUGGGACUCGCUACCGGACAUGGUCGGGCUGAAUGGCGUGUCGAGUUUAUUUCUACCCCUGGAAUAG